AUGGGAAACGAUGGAAUGGAAUUGUCGAAACUUUCGCCUGUUGAAUUUCAAGCGUAUGGCAUGAAGUAUGCAUCUCAAUUUGAAUAUCGUGUAGAGCUAGCUUAUCGAAUUGCUUCGACUUUUAAAGCUCAACAUCUUAUUAUUUUGGACGAUGUCGCAUUAACAGUAUCAAAAUCCGAAAGAGCAACCAGUUUCUCUGCUGUUCAGGGUUGUGAUAGGUCUUUAUUACCAGCCCUUUGGCUUGCUAUGGGUUUUGAACGAGGUGUAGCGAUUGUUAUCUAUGCACCACCUAAUCCAAUUGAAUUGCGCGAGUAUCUUGAUAUCAAACAACGUUUUGAAAAACGUUUAAAUAGGUCCAUUCAAGUGCGUAUCAUCUAUCAAGGUCGAGAUAUUCUUCCUCUCUAUCAACAAGAUCCAAAAGAAUAUACCCGUCUUUGUCAACAAUGUCAUUCUUUUCUAAUACCGUUCACCGACGACUUUCAUGUCCAAGAGUUCAAACGUCAUUUUGACGUAAUAACAGGUGAUGCAACAUGUUCAUUGGUCUUUCCUUUUGAAACAAUGGAAAUGUAUCGACAAGAACUAGCGAAUUAUACUAAUGUUGUUCUGCCGGAUAUACCAACAAUGGACAAAGCCAAACACAAUUUUCUCUUACGUCAACAUGGAUUUAAAGAUCUGCCUCGGUUACUUAUGGUUUUUAUAGAUGGAUCAGUGAUCGAUGAAUAUGACAAAUAUAUUACAGCAAUGACAUGUCUAUCACCUUCAGAUACAUUAAAUAUUCCAGAAAAUGUGGCUCGAUUCUCGCGAUCAAUAGUAUUGGCUAUUGAUCGUUUACAUUUUGAAUAUAAAUACGAAAAAGUCUUUCUUAAAUUGGACGCUAAAGGAGCCGGAGGUUGGUUGUGUGUUGCNGUAGAGAACUAGAAAUUUGGGUUCAGAAAAGAUGUUUUCUGGUAAAUUUUAGUGGAUAGUUAUUCAAAGAGGAUGCCAAUAAUGAAAAAAGGGUGCAUAAAAUUGCUAGACUUAUUUCAGUAAUGGAAGAAUUUUGAGAGCUCUGAGUAUGAUCUUCGUAAUCAGCACCUCUGAAUCUACAAGCACAUAUUGUUUUAGUUCAUGAGGAAAAAAAGUUUUUUUUCAGGAUACCUGAGGGGGACCUCAGGCUCAAAAAUAGGGAAUGUGAUUUUUCGAGGAGUAAAGUUGAUAAAAGUGAUCAGGAAUGAUUUUGCAUUCGAUGCAGAAGAAACGCUCACGCUCAUGAUCGCUCAUAUGAGCGUGAGCGCAGACUGCUCGCGCUCACGUGAGCGCUGAUACCGCUCAUGCUCAUGUGAGCGCGGGCGGUACACCUCUAGUUAUGAAAUAACUUUUCAUUAUAAAUGGCACGGUAAUUUUUAUAUUUUCUUAAGCUGUUUCUUCUCGAUUAUGUUGAAUUCUUUAUAAUGAAUAAUUCGAACUUGGAUAGAAAACACACUCUGAAAUCGUUUAUAGCUAAAGCUCAAAAUCGUAAGAGCUAUCGCUGGUACUCAUGAGAACUGCGGUAUAUCGGCGGCAGUGUGAAGCAACGUGCGACAUGGGUGUUUACUGUUUUGGUUCUAUAGUAGUUUAUUCAAUUAAACGAAAUAGAUCAAAGCUAAUUUAUCUACCUAUUCCAUCAUUUGCUACAUUGGAUUAACCUUGGUACAUCUAAUACUGGAAAUUAAGGGGGGGGGGGGGUGUACCCCCCCUAUGCUAUAUAUAUUUUAUUACCAGAUUGUAGAGCAAGUAAAACUGUAUAUAUCCUGAGAUUUUUUCGGAAAACGGACUUACUUUGAUGGAGUAACAGGUUUCACAAGGUAUAGGCCUCUAGAGACCCUCUAUCAGUAUUGGAUUUGGAAAAAAAAAUUUUUCGAAAAAUUUCAUAGUUGAUGACUUGGCAAUUGAUAGAGUAAGUCGAGUUGUAUAUACGCUGAAAUUUUUUCGAGUGAUUGCCUGAUGAGUUCUAGAGAACACACGAAGUUUCCAUAAGGGUGGAUUUUCAAUGUAAAAAAGUCAAUUUUUGAAACCUUGCCUGCGAUUUCAGGAUUUUAACCCAUUAUAAUUUUAAAAAUGCAAUUAUAGAAAGAUGCGCCAUAAAAUUUUGCAUAUACUGAGCGGAUUAGAAUUUUCAUUUAGGGGUCAUUUUCGAAAAAAAAAAUUAAUUUUCGAGCAUGUCCUGAAUUACAAAAAAUGCUUGAGGUCGUUUAAGGCCCAUUUUUUCAAUUCAAGUUAAAUAUAUGGUUUUCUGUUGUAUACUAUUCGAUAGAGAUUUAAAUUAGCUACAAAACCAUAUAUGAACUUACGAAAAAAUAUUAUAACAUAGUAUACUUAAGUAAAUGAAUACUUCAGACAAUAACAAAAAUCUGCUUACACUAGUUGUUGUUAAUGGGUAAUUCCGUGGGGCUCCUAUUACGAAAUAUCUCUGGUUGGUCUUCAAAUAGUAUCAUUGGAUACAACUUUUUGUGCGGAUCAUUUUGGCUACCAAAAAGUCAAUCAUUCAAUACUAUAUAAGGGAGAAAUCAGCGAAAUACUGAUACAUGCAUAUUUUCUUGAUUUUUCGACUUAAAAUGUGGUCUUUUCCAGUAUCUUAGACAGCAAUCGUUUUAAUGUUUUCUAAAUCAAAAUGUUAACUUUCAAUUCAAAAUCAGCAUGAAAAACUGCAUCGAAUAAGCUAUUGUUUUCUUUGUCCGUUCAUCUUGCCUAAAGUCUCUUGGAACAUCCAUCUAUUCCUUGUUUAUCCUGCCAAAAUAUUAAUUUAUAUUCAAAAACAAGUUUUGUCCUAGUGUGGAGUUGGAUUACCAACGAAUGUGAACCUAAUAUUAGUAUUCUUAGAAUCAGCAAUCAUUGUCAAUUAGUUUUUACUAGUUUAUGUGCCACUUUAUCAGAACUAAUGUGAUGAUACGUAAGGUGCCUCUGACGAAUCGAAAAAAAUUUUGCUCCAAUUUUACUAGAAGUACUUCUUGUUCGAUAAAGCUAUGUGUACUGAUUACAAAUAUAGCAUUUUCGUAAAUUAUUAGUCGAAUAAUAAGAAACAUUUAAAGCACUUUCUGGGACCCCCUGAAAAAAUGGUUUUUGAUCUGGAAGUCAGCCAAAGUUUCAUCAGAAUCUGAAGAAAAGAGACUCAUUCGACGCAGAAUUUUUAUCUCUAUCUGGAUAUAUAAAAACAUCCAAUCUAAUAAUAUAUAUUUCAAUCGAUAAAUGGUCAAUACCACCCCGAAUUGGAGCAUAUUGAUACACAUAAUGAGUUUCCAAGCUUUCGAAGGUUUAGUUUAUGAGGGUGUAUUAGCGAGAUUCUUCCACUGAACAUACAAAUCAAUCUCCUCUCUCUGAUGGCAUCAUUUUCAGAUUGAAAUUCAACCUCUACAAAAGCACUUUUACUAUAAUCAUUUUGCUUAUACGCAAUUUUACGCUUUUUUGACUAGUCUUCGACGGUUUUCGGGUACAAGGAACUUGGUUUGACUUGUAAAAACUGCCAUAUUUAGAAUCAGCAC